AUGAAAAGCAGAUCAACUCUAAACGUUACUGCAUUUGCUGAGAUGCAAGAGAUCAAGAGAGCAUACUAUAAUUUAGCUAAACUAUAUCAUCCAGAUUCUAAAAUCUUGACAGGGUUUAAUGAUUAGCAAAAGUAAAGCAAGUUUAGAGAAGUUUAAGCAGCAUAUGAAUAUCUAAUUUAACACUAGCAAGAUAAGUAAAAUAUUCACAGUAUGGAUGAAUAGCAAUAAAAUUAUCAAUCAGAAAAUUAAAAUUAUCAUAGCACGACAAAAGAAGAAGAAAUCAAGGAGAUGGAAGAAUGGGAAAGAAGCAAGGAAGAAUGGUUUAAUUCUCAAGUCUCAGGUUAAAAGGUGAAAGUACAUUAUUACUCAGAUGAAGAAGAUAGUUAUUAAGAAAGAUACACCUCUUAAAAUCUAAACUUUAAUUAAUCCGAAAAGCUUUUGACAGUUCAAAAUUCAGUUAUUGCUAUUAAGAUUUUGAUUGGAGCUUGUAUUAUAGAGUUUUUGGCUGAUAAUCAAAUGAGAAAGAUCAAAGAUAGCUAUAUUUCAUGA